GACGGACUUCCGGUGUUUCCCUCAGAAACAAUCUGGAAGGAAACCAAAUAACUCGUGUCCUCAUUGCUCCUGUCUGACCUGCUCAUUACAGGACAGCUGAUGAGCAGCAUGGAGGAGAAGAAAGAGACCCCUGGAGCUCAGAAACCGAAAGGAAGAGAGAGACGUCACAGCUGUCAGCAAUGUGACAAAUCCUUUACAGCAUCUGGAAAUUUAAAGCGCCACCUGCAUAUUCACAUGGGAGAAAAACCGUACAGCUGUGAAGAGUGUGGGACAACUUUCACUCAAUCAGGUGAUCUCAAAAGACAUCAACGUAUUCAUACUGGAGAAAACCCGUACAGCUGUGAAGAGUGUGGGACAACUUUCAGUACAUCAGGUGCUCUCAAAUCACAUCAACGUAUUCAUACUGGAGAAAAACCUUACAGCUGUGAAGAGUGUGGGACAACUUUCACUCAAUCAGGUGCUCUCAAAAGACAUCAACGUAUUCACACAGGAGAAAAACCUUACAGCUGUGAAGAGUGUGGGAAAACUUUCACUAGAUCAAGUGCUCUAGAAUCACAUCACCGUAUUCAUACUGGAGAAAAACCGUACUGGUGUGAAGAGUGUGGGAAAACGUUCACUAGAUCAGAUGCUCUAGAAUCACAUCACCGUAUUCAUACUGGAGAAAAACCUUACAGCUGUGAAGAGUGUGGGAAAACGUUCGCUUCAUCAAGUGGUCUAGCAUCACAUCACCAUAUUCACACUGGAGAAAAACCGUACUGGUGUGAAGAGUGUGGGACAACUUUCGCUUCAUCAAGUGCUCUAGCAUCACAUCACCGUAUUCACACUGGAGAAAAACCGUACUGGUGUGAAGAGUGUGGGAAAACGUUCACUACAUCAAGUCAUCUCAAAAUACAUCACCGUAUUCACACUGGAGAAAAACCGUACUGGUGUGAAGAGUGUGGGACAACUUUCACUUCAUCAAGUCAUCUCAAAUCACAUCACCGUAUUCACACUGGAGAAAAACCGUACUGGUGUGAAGAGUGUGGGAAAACGUUCACUAAAUCAAGUGAUCUCAAAUCACAUCUUCGUGUUCACACAGGAGAAAAACCAUAGUGGGUUUAAGAGUGUAGGAUACGCAAUUAAGCAUAUUUGGUUUUUUCACAGUUUACAAUAAACAAUUCCCAUCUAUUG